AUGCCAACCUUCUCUGUCAUGUAUAAAGGAGCUGUGAUCAUAAGCAGGACGCUGAUGGGUCCGUACGGUGUGGCUCGAGCGACACAUCUGAUGGAGUUUACGGACUGUGAGAAUGGAUUAGGUAUUAAAGUUAUUGGAGGAGUGAAGGAACUAACAGGAGAAGAGUUUGGAGUUUAUGUGAAGAGGAUUUUACCGGGUGGUCUUGCUUCCACUGAUGGUCUCCUUCAGGCUGGAGACCAGAUCCUGGAGGUGAAUGGAGAGAGCCUGAAUGGUGUAACGAGUGAACGAGCGGUGAAUAUUCUCAGAGCAGCUUCAGCCACCAAUCAAAUGCGUCUACUGAUAGCUAGAGACGAGGAAGCUCUGAUAGAGUUUGCUGAUCUGAUGGAGAAAUACGGCUCAAAUGGCAGUACAGGAUCCACAAGGAACUCCCCUGUCCAGCAUGCAGGUCGAUUUUUGGACAGCACGUCUUCAGGAUCUUCAUCAAGAUCUCAGAGUCCUUUGCUGCUCAGUCCAGCCGGUUCUCAGUGUGCCUACAGCACCACGGGAACAUUACUGCGCUCACUCAGCCACCCAGGUGAUGGGGUGAUCCAGCUGAUCUCGGUGGUGCGCUCCUGCAGUCUGGGACUCUCGAUCAGCGGAGGCUCUAACAGACCAGACGGCCCAGCAGUGUUUGUACAGGAAGUGAUGUCGGGAGGAGACUGUCAUCGGGAUGGCCGACUGAGGGCGGGAGCUCAGCUCAUUGCCAUCAACAAGGAGUCUUUAAUAGGCAUCACACACGAAGAAGCCAAAAGUAUCAUCAAUAAAGUGAAACUCAGCCAUGAGCCGUUGGUGGAAAUUGCUUUCAUUCCAGGGAAGGGCCUUUUUCCCUGCAGCACAUCCUUACACAGUGUAGUUGAGAGAGCCGGGACAAACGGGUACAGCAGGUUAAAAACGCACGUCCAGUCUACUGAGAUUAGCUCAGAAGAUAAAGCACCUCCAUCCUCUCCUGAUACGAGUCCUCCAGACAUUCAUAUCUCAGCAGCCUCGACUGUGCAGAGUAAUGGUGCCAUAUCCAAACCAAAAGUGUCUCUGGACCCACACAUACGCCUCCGGUCAGAGAAACUCGACCUGGCUCUGUCCUACCUGGGGCUGGACGUUACAGAUGAAAAGAGGAGGAAAAUAAGAGAGAGUUUAUCUACAGAUCCUCAAGGAACCGUUUCAUACGGAGAUUUUGUGGAAGCCACUCGCAGUGUUUACCAUGAUAAGCUGGAGGAAGCAGGGCUUGCACAGGGACCUUUCAUGUUCAGCUAUCAUGAAGCAGCAAGUUUGAUGGACACAUCGGCCUUCCACUCUCCUACGUAUGAAUCUGAGUGUAGCUACAGCAGCGAGGAAAUGGAGCAGUUCCAGGGCGAGGUGAAGAACCUGCAGAUCCAGGUAGGUGAUAAGAAGCAGCGUGGGCUUCUGGAGGACACAGAGAACACCAAGAAAUGUCUGGAGGGGGAACUUCACAAAUCUACUGAGCAGUCCGGAGUGACGGUGGAGGAGGAUAAGAGCCGACUUCAGGUGGUGGAAGCAGUAGAGGAUCAGUCGAACAGCGCCGAGCAGGAUUAUGAGGAGGUUAUCCGGCUCCUGGAGGCUGAAAUCAGAGACCUGAAAGAGCAGCUUGCUCAGAACAAAAGCACCAGCGUGGAGGUGAGGAACGGGGACAUGAUGGAAUUAAACAGGAAGCUUUUUAUUACCGACAGUCAGCUGAGAAAAUCAGAACUCAGCAGAAAACAUCUGGAAAUGUCCAAUAAAAAGCUGCUGGGAUUUGCUCAGAAGGUUCUCAGCAGCAGCAGCAGCAGCAGGUUCAGUACAGUCCAGAACAGGUCAGACACGCCCGGUCAAAUUCCAGACUCCUCCCACCAGCUGAUAGAAGAGGCCAGAGAGCUGAUGGACCGGGUGUGUUCACUGUGUGCAGACGAUCACACGUUACCACAGAUCACUGAGGGAUCCAUCACCGACCCGACAACACAGAUCACUGAGGGAUCCAGCACCAGGCCGGGCUUCCAGUGUGUGGUCGAAGUAAAUCACCGUCCCCAGACGUCUGUCCCCGGGGCCCCUGAUAAAGAGAAACGCUGCGUCUGA